AUGAAUAAUAAAGAUACAAUAUCAACAACAUCAACAAUAGAGAAUAAUAAUAAUAAUAAAGAGAUUAUAAAUGAACAACAUAAGAAUCAGAAUAAUACAACUACAACUACAACAACAUUAUUCUUUUCAAUAAUAAAGAAUAACUUUCUAACUAAAAAGAUAUUCAAUGAACAAAAGAAACAGAGGUUAGAUAGAUGGGGACAUACAUUUGCAUUGACAAUCAAGGCAUUUGCAACUGUUAGAAAGUGGAAGUACGAUGAUUGGAUUGAUUUGGAAGAUAUGUGUCGCAAUGGGUAUCAUAGAUUACUUUAUGACAAGAUAGUUGGUAGUAGCAGUAGUAAGAAGUCAUCCUGUAUGCGUGUCACUGAGAGUGGUGUAUUGGUACUCUGUUCUACUCUGACAGACUAUUCAUUGUUUGUAGAGAUUUACAAUCGUCGUAGAGAAUGGUUUGUACAUCGUUUGGUGAUUGCCAAUGCUUGUAAAGCUGGUAAUAUGCAAAUCAUCAAAUUGUUGAUGGCUCAGACUGAACCUCGUGUGCUUCCCCGUGACCUUGCAAUCGAGCAAGCUUGUGAAGGUGGUCAUCUCAACGUGUUGGAAUACUUGUUCAAGGAACUGCCUGUCGAGUGGUCAUCUUCUACUUCACCCGACCCAUUCUAUACAUUUCAAGGUGCAUUAUCUCAUUUUGGACGUACAGAUGUUUACGAAUACAUACGGGGGAAGGUGUCGGAAGAAUGUUUUGCCAAGUUUGUACAGUCCAAUCGACGUGGAGUAAUCGACCAUUUUGAAUUGGUUUCAGGCGACACUGACAUUAUCAAGCAAUUCGCUACCAAGAAGAACCCAAUGCAUCAACUCAACAUAUACCUCGACACGUAUCGUCACCACCAUCAUCCCACGACACAACAUCAAAUCAUUCAAUUACUUCUUGAUCGUCUCCAAGUCGAAGAAAUGAUCACCACUGAAGAACAUGCCAAAGCAAGUUAUCAAUUCCCUCCAAAAGACCCCAAAUCAUACCAUUUUGUCACGUUGGAUGAUCAGAUUGCACAUUAUAUUGCUAAAAUGUCGAAAGCGAUUCGUCUUAGUGACGAAUCAUUCUUUGGCAAGUUGUCAGAGCACAGCACCGAGUUUCUAUGCUACCUCUCAAAGAACCACUCAUUUUCCAUGUUUAUAGAACAGGGUUGUACUGACGGGUAUAUCCAACCAUGUCCAACCACACACAAAAUAGCAACUGAAGCAAUGGAGUCGGUUGGACAUCGAGGUGAUCUCACCAUACUCAACCACUUAAUAUCAGUGACUAGUUUAGAAACUGCUCGUACCUAUUCAUUGGCAUCGGCUUGUAAAUAUGGAAAUGUCAAUCUUGUAGCAAGACUAUUAGAUGGACAUGAUCAAAACGAAACUCUCUCUAUUGUAUUGGAAUUUCAAAAAGAGGCAGUUGUAUAUAAUCAAUUACAUGUAUUAGACUAUUUCUACGACAAUGAAAUCUAUACAAACAAAACACAUUUUCUAAAAGAAAUAAUUAGAUAUGCCUAUCAACGUAGAAGUGUCCCUUCAAUUCAAUGGGCUCUCUCCAAAGAUAAUGACAGUAAUAGUCUCAAAUCUUAUUUAUUCAAUCAAAUUAUUUUGCGUAUGGAUGGAAAUUUCCAAUUAUCCUUUUAA